AUGGCAUCACUUUCAGUAGCCGAAUUAACGAUUAAUAGGAGUCAAACGGCUGAAAGUCGAGAAUCGUCUUACUCAUCCGUUGCAACAUCGGUUAUAAAACAAAACCGCACUAUUGUUUCAGGAUCUCCUCAGAUAACAACAGUAGAUCGUACUAGUGGCAUCCAAGCUGACGACGACGAUGAAGCAAGCCGUCUUCUUGCUCAACGAUACGAGAACAAUCGUAUGAAACAAGAAAAAUUGUUAUUAUUCAUGAAUAUUUUUCGAGUGUUGAUCAUUUGUGUCUUUGCUCCAUUGAUUUAUUUUCUAGCUUGA